ACAGUUAUGAAGCGCUCUUGUCCCCAUUCGCCUUCCGCCCAGCAGCCCAAGCAGCAGCGCAGUAUCAUCAGCACUAUGGCCUCUGAGAACUUGACGCACUCCAUCGUGGGACUCGGCAACCCGUUGCUCGACAUCUUGGCGAAUGUGACCCCCGAGUUCCUGACUAAGCACGGUCUUAAGCUGGACAACGCUAUUCUGGCGGACGAGAGCCACGUUCCUAUGUUCGAAGAGUUACAGACGCUUAAGCCCGAGUUCGUGGCCGGUGGCGCCACACAGAACUCCAUCCGUGUGGCUCAGUGGAUGCUCAACAAGCACAACAAGACGGCCACGUCUUUCUUCGGCUCUGUGGGCAAGGACGCUCAUGGCGCCAAGCUCAAGGAAUGCGCCCAGGCCGAUGGCGUUAAUGUCUCGUACCUCGAGAGCGCCGACAUCAAGACUGGCACAUGCGCCGUGUGCGUCCACGAGUCGGAGCGCUCGCUGGUUGCUGAUUUGUCGGCUGCUAACCACUUCCACCACGAUCACUUGGCCAAGCCUGAGAGCCAGGAGAUCAUCACCAAGGGCCAGUACUUCUACUCGGCUGGUUUCCACCUCACGGUCUCCCCCACGGCUGUCAUGACGCUGGCCAAGCACGCGAAGGAGAACAACAAGACGUUCCUCAUCAACCUGUCGGCUCCUUUCAUCGUCGAGUUCUUCAAGGACCCCCUUAUGGCUGCCAUCCCUUACGCCGACUUUGUCUUCGGUAACGAGAGCGAGGCGAAGACGCUCGGCAAGGUGCAGGGCUGGGGCGAGGGUAUCAAGGAGAUCGCCCUCAAGACUGCGCAGCUCGAGAAAGCCAGCGGCUCUCGUUGCCGCACUGUGGUCUUCACCCAGGGCGCUGACCCUACCGUCGUUGUGCACCAGGGCAAGGUCUACACGUUCGAUGUGCCCAAGAUGGCCGCCUCGUCCAUCGUCGACACGAACGGCGCCGGUGACGCUUUCGUUGGUGGCUUUAUCUCUCGUCUGGCUCUGGGUCUGCCCCUUGAGCAGUGCGUGAACGCCGGCCACUGGGCCGCCCAGGUCGUGCUCACCCGCUCGGGCUGCACGUUCCCGGAGAACUGCGAGUUCCAGGACUAAAGCAAGCUUUUUCAGCGCGUCACAGACCGAUUCCUCAUUACCGGAUCUUUAGUGACGCUGCUAGAAAAAUGACAAGUAGAUUAAGAGCCCCGUUGUCGACUGGACGUUCGUGGCGGUGCGUCUGCCACUCGCAACUUUCGUAGGCGAAGUGCCGAUCCCUCACACUCGACGCUUUCCCUCGAAGGAAGAACCACCUCCACAAAUAGACAGCUAUAUCGGCGCUCUUGCGCUCUAUUUUGCCUCUCACUUCCAACUUAGAUUGUUAUUCAUGCAAGUGUACGUUGAUCUGGA